CUCGUGCUUUGCCCCCUUUUCUCCCUCUCCUCGCUCACAUUCUCCUCUCUCUCUUUCUCUCUUUCUCUUUCGCGUUUAUACCAUUUCGAUUCGAUCGGAAUAGAAGCGUACGCGGAGCAGUUAGGGUUUUCUCCGCGCGAUCUGGUCUUCUCACUUGAAGUCUGCUGGCUCAUAUCUGAAGAGAAACACUCUUGGGCAAAAUCAUAUAGAGUAUGAAAGUUCACUGUUCUGAGAACUAUUAGUUAUUCUGUGGGAAUAUCGAAAUGGCCAGGAAUAUAGAUGUAAAUGCAGAGCUUGAUUACGCUGUCUUUCAUGUAUCGUCAAACCAAAACAGGUAUGAGUCGGCUGUUCAUAUCAAAGGCAGAAAAGAAAACUUAGUGUCUGGUGCUCUUGAUCAGCUAGCACUUCAUUUACCAGAAGCAAAGGGGUUUUACUCAAAUUCAUCAAGUGGCACCUUUAAACUACAGUUAAGAGAGUCUGUCAAAGGCUCAUCUUGGUUCACGAAAUCCACCCUCUCGAGAUUCUUGCAUAUUGUGAACUCGCCUGAGGUGUUAAAAUCCGCCGGUGCAAUGUUAAGUGAGUGGUCCCAGUUAGAGGAAACUAGAAAGUUUCAUCUCGCUCUGUAUUCUAAGGACCUCUCAAAUCGUUUUGGAAGUGGAUUAACAGGGGACUUUUUGCAAGACAUUGGUUUGGUGCAACAAGUGAAUGUUGAAGCAGUUUCAUCAGAUCCAACAAAGAACGAAUUGCUUCGAGCACUCGAACUUAGAGUCACAGCAUUAAAGGAAGAGAUGCCAGUUUUGUUGAGCGAAGCUGCAUGCUCGGAUUUGUCCACCAAAGAGAUCUCUGAUUUAUGUGCCUUUGCUCAGCAUUUUGGAGCGGUAGACUUGAGGAAUGUCCUGUUCAAGUGUCUAUUCUUGAUCUCAGAUAACCAACCCUCAGAAUGCUCACUUGAGUCAUCACCGGUUUCCCGUAAUUUUGAUGACAAGUGUGGAAAUGCAUCAGAGUCUUUUCAAUCAAAACCUCGGGUUGAAACCCAAAUUCCUGUUAGCAACAGUGUCUCCCCUGCAAAACUUGCCCAAGUUGAGCGCCUGAGCUCAGCAGAGAGCGAGGAGUCGUCCUCUGAAUCAAGUGAUAAAGAUCAAACUGCUGUUGAAAGAAGCCGCCCUCUUAUAAGAUCCGCUUCGCCUCGAAGGUCUGCUUCCCCAAUGCGGCGAAUUCAAAUAGGGAGAUCGGGGUCCCGCAGGUCUACAGCACUUACAAUUAAGAGUCUUAAUUACUUUCCUGCUAGAGAUAAGAAUUUAGGUAACAGAGAUGCUGAUGAAAGCAAAAGCGGUGACGAAGAACCUGAUAACUCAUCAAAGAAACCCGAGACCACAGUAAGGAUCAGCGUGAAAGAUGCAAUUAGUCUUUUUGAAAGCAAGCAGAAAGAUAAUAAAUCUGACAUUAAGAUAAGAAGAGCUUCAGGAGAUGUUGGAGUAAGUGCCAAUAAAUCCGUAUUAAGAAGGUGGAGUGCGGGGAUGGGUGAUUCUUUUACAAAUAGGACAGAGGAAAACGACUCAUGUACCGAUUCCCAAAACACUUCGAUCAAUUUAGUUUCUGAGAAAGAGGAGAAUAAGUCAGUUGAGGUCAGGAUUGAAUCUGACCCCUCACCAGGCAAUUUGAUCCCGCCUGAGGUAGUAAAAUCACAUGAUGAUGCUAAUAACUGUGAUACAUCAUCAGAACUGGAAAGGGUAGCGUUCCCUCCAAUGAGUGUUUCGACAGGGCCAGUGAAGUCCCAGCCUGAGCAGAUUAGUGAUCGAGCAACAGCCUCAGCCGAGUGGAAUCGACAGAAGGAAGCCGAGCUUAAUCAAAUUCUUAUGAAAUUGAUGGAGAGUAAACCUGGAAAGUAUAUGGGCACAGAUACAAAUGCUGUUGGGCUUGAGCCCUCAAAUGAGCAAACGGAGGGCUUUAACAGUCAGAAUAAGGAGAAAAGAGAUGAGAAACUUAGAUCUGUGAAUGUUCGAAAAGGAGCAUUGAAGGAAACCGUGGAGCAGGGAAAAACAAAGAUAGUCUCAAAAGCUGGUGGUAUUGCAGAAAAGCGUACGUCACAGAUUCAUCCUCAAAAACUACGAAGAAACUCGUCUCCACCUGUAUUACCUAAGGAGGUCUCAAAGACUCCGGCAUCUAGAAAAGCUUCACCAAAAUUAUCACCAUCUCCAGCCAAACGUAAUUUAGGAUCAUCAGGACCAUCGCCAAAAGCAAAUAAUGUACAAAUAACUAAAUCAACUUUGGGUGUGACUCCAACUAAUACACCAUCUAGCCGGCGAAGGGCCCAGCCUACACCACCUGCAACUCAACCUAGCCCUAGAACUGAAAGACCUCAAGCGAAAAACAAGAAAGCAACUUUGAAUGAUGUCAAACCAGCUGUUAAAGCCCAAGAAGGAAAGCCAAAAGCAGUUACGAAGACCAAACGAAGUGUGAAGACCAAAAGCUCGCCAGCUUUAGGAGAUGAAACAGGUUCAACACCCAAACCAAGCUUCUACAGUAAGGUCACAAAGAAGAGCAGCGUUGUUCCACUGGAACCCAAACCCUUAUUGAAGAAAAGCACUGGAACUAGUCCUGGCAUUGGUGGUCCUGUUCUAGCAAAAAGCAAAGCUCCUCAACCAGAUGAUUCUUUUGAUGAUUCUGGUAAAGAGAGUGAAAGUCUUAUCCACGCCGAAGAUAAGGAAUCUGCUCCUGUGACACCUGAGCCAACCGCUCAAGUACCGGAGGUUGAUCUUGCUCAAUCAGAAAAUAAUGUUGAAGACGAGCUAGAAAUUUCACCAGGCAAUGACAAAAAUACUGAACAAACAGAGAAUCCCGACCAUAGCUUAACUGCACCAGACACUGGUUCCAGCACUCCAGAAGAACUUCCCAUUGCUGAGAGUCAACCUAAUGAGGAGGACUUGGGCAUCUCAUCAGCUGCCUGGGUUGAAGUAGAGCAUCAGGAAGUUCCUACUGUAUGUGAGAAUGGCAUAACUGUAAAUACGGUCUCUCCGGAGAUUGAACCUAUUUCAUCAUUGAGCCCCCGCAUUCGUCAUUCACUAUCGCAAAUGCUGCAAGCUGAGCUUAGCGAACCAGAUACCCUAGAGUGGGGAAAUGCCCAGAAUCCUCCAGCUUUAGUCUAUCAGAAGGAUUCUCCCAAAGGGUUCAAGAGGCUCCUGAAGUUUGCUAGGAAGAGCAAGGGAGAGCCCACUGUAAGCGGUUGGGCUAGCCCAUCUGUCUUUUCAGAGGGAGAGGAUAAUCUAGAGGAAUGCAAAGGUGCUAAUAAGAAGAAUUUAGAUUUUUUAUCAAGGAAAGUUGGUAAUCAAGCUAAGGGCUUUGGUCAGCAGAAGACCAUGUUAGGAUUAAGCGAAAGUUUUGAUGGCGGGAACUCAACCAAGAAGGCUAUUGAUAGCCGCAGGGCGUCAGCUCAAGCAAAUAGUAGCGGCUCUCAGAAGUUGCAUGAAGGGCACACUUCGCGAACAGCGACCUCAACCAAAGGCAGAUCAUUUUUCUCUCUGUCGACAUUUAGGAGCAGCAAGUCAAAUGAGACGAAGCAUCGAUAGUUAGCCAGUAGCCAACGCUUUUAUUUUUCCAGGUUUUGAUGAUUAAUUCGACUGUAAUGAAUGCUCCCCUCGGUGUGAGGUGUAGAUGUAGGGUUGGCCUAAGGAAAAUGUGUGUCCAGAUGAAAUUUACAUGUUGUAUUUGGGACUGUUUUUUCGUCUUCUUAUUAUUAUUUUUAACAAAGCCUCUGCUUAAUUCGGGUGUGUCUCUUCUGUAAAUGUAAAAUCAUAGCUUUUUGUAAACUGUUUGGCACAUUGGCAUGAUUUUCUGUAAGAGCGGCAUUGACAUGUUUGGAAGUGAUUUGCUCGUGUAAUUGCAUUGGUGCUA